GCGCCAUAUGGGCUGGAGUUUCGAAACACGACAUCUGCACAGCCAAUGGUCCCUGCCGAGCGCCGUGGAUCUGCGAAUAUGGUUCCAUGCCAGAAAAAUGACUCCUGGCCUAGCAUGCCUGAUCUGCAUGUGUCGCUCCCCUGGUCGCAAACCUUCACCCUGUGCCUGUCCCCUUCUCCAGACCGCCACGCCGAGAUGAAUACUUAAGCUCCUGUCUGCGCUGCCUCAGAAUGUUUCUUCACUCCACACCACUUCACCGGCUUUGAAUUUCAUCUUCCUUCUUUUCACCUUCAUUUAUCUAGUCUUGCCAGCGGCAGACUAUCCACUCUCUCACCAAGACACUCUUUUCUCUUGAUCAACUUGAUCUCGACUUCUUCGCGCUUUGCUGGACUUAGCCCUAGAACAACCAAAACAACAACCCUCUUUUUUCUCAACAAUCAACAUGAUGUACCUUCAAGCUACUGCUCUUCUGGCUCUUGCCUCCUCCGUUUCCGCCCACAUGAGGAUCGGAUCUCCCGUUCCCUUCGACUGGGAGAACUCCGCCACCAUGCAGAGCCCUCUCGAGCCUGCCGACUUCCCUUGCAAGCAGCCUUCUGGCAAAUACGCUGUCACUGAAAUGAACAAGUACAAGGCUGGUGAUUCCAUGGAAGUCAAGAUUAUUGGUGGCGCUACCCACGGAGGUGGCAGCUGCCAGUUCUCCAUUACGACUGACACCAAGCCCACUAAGGACACUCAGUGGAAAGUUCUCUUUUCUCAAAUUGGUGGAUGCCCCGGUGGACCUCCUAAUGACAACAAGUCUGGAGACAAAGAUGAUAUGGGCAACGCUCCUUUCCAGGUUAAGCUUCCUGAGGAUCUUCCCACUGGCAAGUACACUUUUGCGUGGACUUGGAACAACAAACUGGGCAACCGAGAAUUUUAUAUGAACUGCGCCCCCCUUGACAUUACUGGUGGCGAUGGGGAUGCUGCUGAGGUCCUCGGUGGUCUUCCUGACAUGUUCGUCAUCAACCUCCCGGCUACUGAAUGCGCCCUUGGCAGUGGUCAAGACGCUCUCUACCCCAACCCGGGCAAGGCUGUCGCUACUGCUCCCGCUGCUGUUCCUGGUCUCAAGAUCGAGGGAUCCGGCUGCGGCUCUCAGACCAAGAUCGGAGCUGGCUCAGGCAAGCUCGGUUCUCCUGGUGGCGACUCUCCCGCUGGACCUACUGGUGGCGCUGGCAAUGCUCCCCAGUCUACUCUCAAGUCUUCUGCUGUUGCUUCCAAGCCCACUCAAGCUGCUCCUAUCCUGGCUCCUGGAGCUAGCUCCCAAGCCCCCUCCUCUGCCGCUCCUCAGCCAACUGGAAGCUCAGGUGGCAGCAACUCUGGCUCUGCUCCAUCUUCGGGCUCUUCCCCAUCUUCAGGCUCGGGCUCUUCAGGCUCGGGCUCUUCUGGCUCUGCUCCAGCUACCGGCUCUGGUCCUGCCGGCUGCACUCCUUGCACCAACGAUGGCGGUGUCGUCUGCAUUGGUUCUACUACCUUCGGUAUCUGCGACCGUGGAUGCGCCGUUGCCCAGCCUCUCGCGGCUGGUAUGACCUGCUCCAACGGCAAGAUCGCCCGCCGUUCCAUCUUCGGCCAGUGGUUCAACUAA